AUGACCUCGAAACCUGCAUACCAGAUCGCGUCCAUUCCAGGCGACGGCAUCGGAACGGAAGUAGUCGCUGCUGCAAUCCAAGUGGUCGAGAAACUGGCGAAGACUUUGGACACCUUCCAGAUCGAAUUUACCCACAUCCCAUGGGGAACGGCAUACUAUAAACAGAACGGCCGAUACGUGCCGGAGGACUGUCUGGAUAUUCUGCGCAAGUUCGACGCCGGACUAUUUGGAGCAGUUGGAGCGCCAGAUGUGCCGGAUCAUAUCUCCCUCUGGGGUCUCCUCCUAGCCAUCCGUGGCCCACUGCAGCUCUACGCCAAUGUUCGCCCGGUGCGGACCUUCCCAGGAACUAAAUGCCCGCUAAACACCGCCACGGAUGGUAUCGAUUGGCUGCUUGUUCGAGAAAACUCCGAGGGCGAGUACUCGGGACAGGGAGGCAGGUCGCAUAUCGGGCAGCCGUGGGAGGCCGCCACCGAGGUGGCCAUGUUCACGCGGGUUGGGAUCGAGCGGAUCAUGCGCUUUGCAUUUGAGAGUGCUCAGUCGCGCCCGAAGAAGCAGCUCACGGUUGUGACGAAGAGCAACUCCUUGCGCAACGGCAUGGUCCUCUGGGAUGAAGUAGCCGCUCACGUUGCCAAGGAUUUCCCUGAUGUCAAAUGGGAUAAGAUGCUCGUGGAUGCAAUGACGGUGCGGAUGGUGGCUAACCCGCAGUCCAUAGAUACGAUUGUGGGCACGAAUCUGCACAUGGAUAUCCUUUCUGAUUUGGCUGCUGCUCUGGCUGGAUCCAUUGGCGUGGCGCCGUCGAGUAACCUGGACCCGACGAGGAAGAAUCCUUCUAUUUUCGAGCCGGUUCAUGGGAGUGCCUUUGAUAUCACCGGGAAGGGAAUUGCGAAUCCCGUCGCUACUUUCUGGUCUGCAGCUGAGAUGCUCUCGUGGGUUGGUGAGAAGGAUGCGGCGGCGAAACUCAUGCUCUGCGUGGAGAGUGUCUGCUCGGCAGGUAUCCUGACGCCGGACCUGGGCGGCACCGCGAACACACAAGGGGUAGUGGACGCGGUAAUAGCAGAGAUCGAGAAAUUGAAGUAG